AGACGGCGCGCCGGUCCGGCCGACGUCCAGCUCUGCGGCCGGCGGUGGUCACGGCGAUCCGCCGGGAUGGCGGCGGACUGAGUGGCGCCUCGGCACGGACAUCUGAACAGAGUGGCGCGUCGGCAGCAAGGACCCCACACAGAGCUUGUGUCUGUGUAGCGCGGAUCUCUGCAGGGCUCGCGUCGGUGUAGCGCGGAUCUCUGCAGAGUUCGUGUCGGUGUAGCGCGGAUCUCUGCAGGGCUCGUGUCGGUGUAGCGCGGAUCUCUGCAGGGUUCGUGUCGGUGUAGCGCGGAUCUCUGCAGAGUUCGUGUCGGUGUAGCGCGGCUCUGUGUAGGGCUUGCGGCAUGGGCUGUGGACAGAGCGUCAACUCAGCGUACUCCAACCGCCGCACCAUGCCAGGCAGGUGGCGUCAGGCGCAGAUGAUGAUGGAGUACGCCUGCAGGCAGCUAGCGGUGGCCGUGCAGAAGUGGCAGGACCUGCCAGACAUCCCGACAAUAGAGCUGGAGAUCCGGUACACGAUGCCGACCGAGAUACGCCAGAACAUGAUCGAGACGCCACACAACAUCAGCACCGCGCAGCAGCAUGACAGCGUUGCCAACUACAUCGGCAACAACAACUCGCUCAAUCAGGAUGUGGAAUCAGUGUUCGAAACACCGAACAAUGACGACCCAGAGAAGGCCCGAGAGCGACUGCAGCAGAACCAUCAGAAGGCCUCCUCCUUGCUACGCUGGUUCGAGCAGGUGCUGAACACCACCAUCAUGCAAGAUCUGGCUGCCAUCAACCGGCAGGUGCGCCAGACCACGCUGGAGCUCAAGGAGGAGCGGGUGCGACUCAUCAAGCAGAAGGUGAAGGAGAUCUGGGGCACGGACGUGCACGUGGAGAUCGAGGAUGACGGCAGUGACGAGGUGGCCAUGUCACUGCAGGGUCUCAGCGACGAAGAGAUCAUGAAGACGUUCGAGUCGACGGAUUAUAUGGAUCGGAUGACACCACCGAUGAACAUAGACGAGCUGAAUCCAAUGCCAACCAACGAGGAACUCUUCGGAAAAUCGUACGAGGAGUUCAAAAAGGAGCUGGACAACAUGAGGGAAGAGCACGAGAUGGAAAUGAGCCUUUUCCUCCGCGAGCAGGACAAACAGGCCGCCAAAGCACGCGGUGACCUGCAGGCAAAGCUGGAGGCGCGUAGGCGCGAUCGAGCAAUGCGCAAUCUGGAGACCAAGCAGCGCCAGGUGCUGGCCACUGGUGCCAGCGUCAGCUAGACGCAGCCGACCGGGCGUGCUGCGCUGCCUGCCGGCCGACCGACCGCUGGCCUUCCGAAUAUCGGCUUCAGGACACCACAGCUCACACCGCUGGAGCUGGCCGGCCCGGCUGAUCGGGGAUAGAGAGGGGCGAAAUAGCGUACCGGCGGCCGGGGCUCAGGCAGGUGUCAGCGGCGCCGUCGCCGCCUCAGUCAGCUGGCGUCACUUGCAGACCAGCUUCGGGGGCGCUACCGUCGCUGCGGCGGCUCCGCAGCGACGUCCGCGGCAGAUGGCGCUGCGCGGUGUGUAGCGUACCGGCGUCGCAUCCGCACCUGUACCGUUUCCCCGCGUCCAAGUAUCGUGAUCGUGUGGGUGCAAUAUCUUAACCAUAACGUAUCGGGAUGACAAUAGACGUCGUGAGACAAAUCAAUGUGAUGCAUAAGAAUGUUAUUUUGCCCAUAUAUAUUUUAUGCUGCGAUCUUCAAGACGACGAAUGCACUGCUAGCUCCCAUGUAUCCAUGCACAUCACAAACCUCAAGCCAUUUAUCGAAAUAAAAAAGCAUCUUACGAGAAAGAGUUGCUCAAACGGUCAGUAGAAACGGAUUUGGAUAGAUGAUGCAACUGCAAACAAUGGCGAUUAGUGUUUGCAGGCUCUUCGCAGCCCCUCCAUUCUGUGCGCUGCUGAAGCGAAGGAGGACUUUGGCAAUACUGAACAUAGUAUGACAUGUUCGGUAUUGCUGAAUGCAUGUUACAGAAGUAUACUGUGUGUCAGCUGAACAUGCUGUACUUCGACCAUAUUCCAUGACAUGGUAGUCCUGAUCUUCAGCCAGCAGCAUUGUGUUUUACUCUUCUUGAAACGAGUUAACCAAUGCUUUCUUGAGGCGCAAUUCUGGUUCAUCUGUUUAUCUUCCAGGCGCAUUUUUGUUCUGCGUACAAAGUCAGAUUUUUAUAAAUGUGACUGGCGACGAGGCGAAACAAGGUCCAGACCUGUGACUUAAAGGGACUGGUCAUGGUUGAAAAUGUCCAAAUUAUAGUUUUCUUAGAAUGAGCACAGAGCUUUGGACUUCAAAGACGGGUUUUAAAUCCCAAAAAUAGCGUACACGGAACUGUUAUAAUUUUUGUCCUUUGGCUUCGACCAUAACGCUAAAGCCUAACACAGUGUCAUAAUGCCAAGUACCACUAACGUGUACUUGCUUCUUCGAAAGCAGAUAGCCAUGCCAAAGCUUUGCAUGAGUUAUGACGCAAUACACAGCUAAUGGCUGUGAGAAUUACACAAUACGAGCCAGAAAAUUAUGGCGUAUCUGCAUGUGCACAUCUUAAAGCUUGAUAUAUUUGCGAUGCGCGUGGGACCUUUAAUGCCGGUGGCCCUAUUUUAAAACAUCAGAAAGUAAGCCUAAUGUCUCCAACGAAUGUCUACAAUAUGCGUACGUUACCCACAUAUAACGCGCCACACAUGUGGUUGAAGUUCGGCAAGGACUCCUUUUUCUUAAUUAUCCUUCUAAAACUCCUUUCUUGCUGAAUCAUGGCCCACAUGGCACGGUCGACCACUGCGGUUCGCCAUGUGUUUACAGCAACAAUGAAUGACGAAAUGCGUUAAAUAUACAUAGGCCUGUCGCUUGGUCGUUCACUAAUUGCUGUUUCCUCGUUGUUCUCAUGAUCUCGUGCCUUGUUUCACCCCACUAUUGCAGCAUGUUACCGAUUGGACAUAAACUCGCUGUUUGCUGCCCUUCAAGUGGAAAGGAUUGGGACGGAGUUACAGCGUCGGGUAUAUAUGCACGCACCGUACUAAGCUAAUGUUCGGCAAUGUUUCAGGAUCAUGAAUAUAUCAUGUGACGUUC